AUCCCCAUGUAUGCAGCGCAACUGUUGAUAUGUACGCAAUAUGUAACAAAAUUCAAAGCGCCCAGAAGAUGUUCGAUGAAAUGCCUGAACGAAACAUUGUCACUUGGAAUUCGUUGAUCUCUGGGUAUUUGAAUGCAGAUUGCCCAUUUGUAGUUGUUCGAUUGUUUAUCGAUGCUUUACGGGAGAUUAGAGGUUUGACUUCGUUUAGUGUUUCGGCUUGUCUUGCGGGUUGCUCGCAAUUGAAGGAUGGAAUGUUCGGAGCUCAAGUUCAUGGACUGAUUGUGAAAGCAGGGUUUGAUUAUAAUGCCUUCGUGGGGACGGGUUUGGUUGAUAUGUACUCGAAGUGUGGUAGCGUUUAUGAUUCUUGGCGAGUUUUUAAUUCUGUUGGGGAUAAGAAUGUUGUAACUUGGACUUCUAUGGCUACUGCAUUUGCACAGAAUGAACAACAUGAUGAAGCGAUGGAUUUAGUGAGAGAAAUGAUGCGGUUUGGUGUUAAGGCAAAUUGUGUGACUUAUAAUAGUUUAUUAAGUUCGUUUUCUAGUCUGGAAUGUAUGGACUAUUGCAAGCAAAUUCAUUGUUGUGUGAUUCGAUCCGGUUUUGAAUCUAAUUCUUAUAUUGCUGUUACUCUUGUAACUGUUUAUUCAAAAUGUAGUACCAAUGUUGAGGAUUUUAAAAAGGUGUGCGCUGAUGUUACAUUACAGGAUCAAGUUUCGUGGAAUGCAGUUAUUUCUGGUUUUUCCAAUUUGGGAAAUGGCGUUGAAUGUAUAAUUUGUUUCUGCAAAAUGAGGCAUGCUGGUAUAAAUGCGGAUUUGUACACAUUUACCAGUAUGUUGGGAGCAAUAGGGGCUGUUUCAGCUCUUGAAGAGGGUAAGGAAAUGCAUGCUCUUAUCGUAAAAUCAGGGUAUGCCACCAAUGUGCACGUUCAGAACGGGCUUGUUUUGAUGUAUUCGAGAUGUGGAGCUAUCAAUGAUGCAAAGACGGUGUUUUGGUUAACCGAGGAUCGUGAUGUGGUCUCAUGGAAUGCACUUCUAACAGGAUGUGCUCAUCAUGGAUACGGUAAUGAAGUUAUUGAAUUGUUUGAACAAAUGAGAAAAACCAAGAUUAAACCGGAUAAUACGACAUUUGUUGCUGUGUUAUCGGCUUGCAGCCACGUUGGUCUCGUAGAUAAGGGGCUUGAGUAUUUCAACUCGAUGAGAGUUGAUGCAUCAUUUGAACCUCUCAAAGUAGAGCAUUACGCUAGUGUUGUUGAUAUUUUUGGUCGAGCUGGAUAUCUUAAUGAAGCUGAAGCCAUCAUCAGUGGCAUGCCUAUAGAUCCAGGGCCCUCUGUAUAUAAAGCUCUGCUUAGUGCUUGUUUAGUUCAAGGAAAUAGAGAAAUCGGUGCACGAUCUGCGGAAAAACUUAUGAAAUUAUGGCCUAAUGACCAUGCAACGUAUAUAUUAUUGUCAAAUGUGUUGAGAACAUUAGGCUCUUGGGAUGAUGCAGCAGAUGUAAGGAAGUUGAUGAGCGAGAAAAGAGUAACGAAGAAGCAUCCGGGUUAUAGUUGGUUAUGAGAUUACAAAUGCACGCGGCUUCUACGGCAGUGGUAAGAGGUGAUGGUUUCAGUGGCUUCCCUUUUUUGACUGCUACUUAGUAUCCGUAAUAAGUUCUAAAAGAGCUUAGGAUGAUCAAACCAUAAGUGAUGAGAUAAUUAUCGUAAUUGUUUUAACUAACCUUUUGGGUUGA